GAAGCUUGGCAACAGUUGCUAAGGCCGAGAGCAGGCACCGCCCCGCCCCCCAGUGCGCGAGUCUGACGUCACUUCCGCCGCCGACCGCCUUCUCAACCCUGCUCCCCUCGCACCUUGUCAAAAGCGAAGCGACCCACAGAGGUGCACGCCUGCUCCCUUGGGGGCGCGGGAGCCUGGGGGCUGCCAUGGCCCCCAGCCACCUGUCGGUGCGGGAGAUGAGGGAAGAUGAGAAACCCUUAGUGCUGGAGAUGCUGAAGGCUGGCGUGAAGGACACGGAGAACCGUGUGGCCCUCCACGCCCUGACGCGGCCACCGGCCCUGCUCCUCCUGGCGGCAGCCAGCAGCGGCCUGCGCUUCGUCCUGGCCUCUUUCGCCCUGGCCCUCCUCCUGCCCGUGUUCCUGGCCGUGGCGGCCAUGAAGCUGGGCCUGCGGGCCCGGUGGGGCUCGCUGCCCCCGCCGGGCGGGCUGGGGGGGCCCUGGGUGGCAGUGCGGGGCUCGGGGGAUGUGUGCGGGGUCCUGGCCCUGGCCCCAGGCUCCAGCACUGGAGACGGGGCCCGGGUCACCCGCCUCUCUGUGUCUCGCUGGCACCGCCGCCGAGGCGUGGGCAGGCGGCUGCUGGCCUUUGCCGAAUCCCGGGCUCGAGCCUGGGCGGGCGGCAUGGGGGAGCCCCGGGCCCGGCUAGUGGUCCCGGUGGCCGUGGCAGCGUGGGGCGUGGCUGGGAUGCUGGAGGGCUGUGGCUACCAGGCCGAGGGGAGCUGGGGCUGCAUGGGCUACACGCUGGUGAGGGAGUUCAGCAAGGAACUAUGACGCCAGACCCUGGGGGGAGGAAAACCAGCGCUUAGUGAGCACCUACUGUGUGCAGACACUUUCACACCGUCCUUCCAUGAAUCCCCAGCCCACCCAGGGCCCAGAUGCAGGCCUGCAGAGGGCAACAGACCCCACCACAGCCUGACGUGUGUCUGUAGUGUUUGAACUUCUCAGAGAAGUCGGCCCAUCUAACCCCUGCCUCAGAUUCUGUCUGCACUGAGAAGUCUCCCCAUCUGUCUGUCUGUCUGUCUGUCUGUCUGCCAAGCCUGUGCCGUUUGUGCUACGAGCCUGGGAGAGACGUGGGGCAGGAGGAGAGGAGGCCGAGCAAGCCUGCCCCCCACCCCGACCAGGGUUAGGACUUAGGCAGGGGCACCCCAAACCGGGACAAGGCCCCCAGGGAAUGGGGUGGGGCUUGAUGCUGUGCUUGAAGUGGGUGAGGCUGCAGAGGCAGAGAGAGGGUGAGGGGCGCCUCUGCAGGGGAGGGUUGUCUGCCUCCAGAGCCCCAGGGGAGGGAGGGGGGUGGUGGGCACACUGCUGCCCUCCCAGCCAGCCCCCCACCCCGGGAAGGUGAGAGCCCAGAGGGGCAGACAGACCCAUCUGGUUUUUAACACCCGUUUGUUAAUAAAGCCUGAAACUGCUGUG